UGGAGAUAGGUAGGACUGAUAAUUGGACGGUAAGUAUAAUACUCUAUUAAUUUCAAUAGCUAGUAGUAUAUGACUUAUAAUUGGACGGUAGGAGUAAUAUAUUAUUUAAUUCCCAUUCAUGUUUGUGUAUAUAUAUUGUACUAAUACUAGUCUUAUUUUCAUCGCAACACAUGCCACAAGCAAAAUAAAGAGCACUACAUAAUCACAUUGGCUUCACAAAGAGAAAAACAGAGGGAAGCAAAGUUCAAAUCAAGUUGAAAUAUGCCCUGGAUUUGGCUUGUUUUCUCAAUGAUUGUGUUUGUCUAUUUCCUUCGGCAACAACUCGGGCCGAAAAACAAGAAGAGGCUGCUGCCUCCCGGCCCGAAAGGCCUUCCCAUUCUAGGCCAUUUCCACCUGCUGGGGAAGAACCCUCACCGUGAUUUACACCGCCUAGCCCGAAAUCACGGCCCGAUCAUGGGCUUGCGCUUCGGCUUCGUUCCAACACUCGUCGUGUCGUCUCCCGCUGCAGCCGAGCUCGUUCUCAAAACUCACGACCUCAUCUUCGCCAGCCGGCCUCCCAUCGAGGCCGCCGUAUACAUAGCGUACGACCAGAGAGACAUAGCUUUCGGGCCGUACGGCCCGUUCUGGCGCCACAUGCGGAAACUCUGCGCCUUGAAGCUGCUGAGCAAUCAGAAGAUCAGCCAGUUCGAGCCCAUGAGACGGGCCGAACUCGGGCUGCUCGUUGCUUCUCUCGAACGGGCUGCUGAGAACCGGGAAGCUGUGGAUCUCAGCGCCCUGGUUUCUGCUCUCAGCGGCGACAUGAAUUUCUUGAUGCUAUUUGGGAAGAAAUAUUCAACUAUGGAGGAGAUCGGGUUCAAAGAUGUGAUCAGGGAAACAAUGGAGAUUUUAGGGAAAUUCAAUCUAGCCGACUAUUUUCCGUACAUUGGCGUGCUUAAUCUUCAGGGAUUACAUGGCAAGAUGAAGCGAGUGAGCAACAUUUUUGAUGGGAUUUUGGAAGAAAUAAUCGAUGAUCACAUGAAGAUGAAGAGGCACGAGGAGCAGCAGCAGACUGCAGACAUUGUUGAUACACUAAUGGAGAUUAUGGAAUCCGGACAAGCAGGAUUUGAAUUCGACCGUCGCCAUGUCAAGGCUGUUCUUUACGAUAUGAUCGUAGGAGGGAUGGAUACCUCAUCAACAACACUCGACUGGGCAAUGUCGGAACUGAUGAAGCAUCCGGCAGUAAUGAAGAAACUCCAGCAAGAACUGGAAUCAAUGGUGGGAUUGGAUCAAAUGGUUGAAGAAUCACAUCUUGAAAAGCUCCAAUACUUGGAGUGUGUGGUAAAGGAAGCCAUGCGUCUCCAUCCUGUGGGCCCCCUCCUAAUUCCUCACGAAUCCAUGGAGGACUGUGAGGUCGGAGGGUUCCACGUGCCUAAAAAGGCAAGAGUCAUCGUGAAUGUGUGGGCUAUCGGGAGGGAUCCCGGUGUUUGGGCUGACCCUGACUCUUUUGCGCCAGAGAGGUUCAUUGGCAGCCAGAUAGACCUGAGAGGCCACCAUUUCGAACUGCUACCGUUUGGUGCGGGUAGGCGGGGCUGCCCCGGGUUGCAGUUAGGAUUGACGGUGGUGAAACUGGUGCUUGCGCAGUUGGUGCAUUGCUUUGAUUGGAAGCUUCCAGAUGGGAUGAAGGAAAGUGAUGUGGACAUGACUGAGAAAUUUGGUUUGGUUAAUGUCAGAUUGAAGCCUCUCGUGGCUGUGCCCACUUAUCGUUUGCAUAAGCAUUGAAAGUUUGUGUUUCUAGCAUGUGCUAUGAAACAAAAAGUUAAUCAUGAGAUGUAAUACUACCAUGUAUGUUGUAUAUCACCUCCUACAUUCUUCAAAUAUGUAAACCUGUUUUGAUCAUAACAAUAUAUGCGAAUAAAAGACUAUAAAUUUAGUAA